UACUUUUGAAAUUUUAUGUCAGAUAAAACAUUUGAGCCACCAGCAACAUGGACACAUAUGGAUGAGAAAGAAAACUUAAAAGUUGUAUCACUAGUAUCUACAGAUCAAGAAUAUAAAGAUGUUGUUAAGAAAUUUACAGACACUGCACGUGGAGUAAAAGUGGAGUUUGUGAAGAUUGAAAGAGUUCAAAAUAAAACCCUGUACCAACAAUAUAUAGCUAAGAAGAAAUCUGUUGAUGCUACAAAUACUCCAGGACAUCAGAAUGAAAGAUUAUUAUGGCAUGGAUUUGCUAAGGAUGCCAUGGAUAGUAUAAAUAGAUAUGGAUUUAACAGGAGUUAUUGUGGUAAAAAUUUAACUGCAUAUGGACUUGGAGUAUACUUUGCUGUGGAAGUAGCUUACUCCAUUCGUGACACCUACUCUGUACCAGAUGAAAACAAACACAAAAGAAUGUUUUUAUGUCGUGUUUUAGUAGGAGAGUAUGCACAGGGAAACCAAAAUGUCAAAGUUCCUCCUCCAAAGGCUGCAGGAAGUCAUAUCCUGUAUGAUACUGUCACUGAUAAUAUGGUAGCUCCUGCAAUGUUUAUUAUAUUUCAUGAUUCACAAGCAUUUCCUGAGUAUCUUGUUACCUUCAAGAAACUUUAGUUUUCUUAAUCUCAUAAAGAAAGAAUGCAUUCCACUAUAAUUAUUUAGUCCACCAUUUGUAAGAUGUGCUCAAGCUUUGACUGUAUUUCAAUGGUUGUGUUGAAGAUAUAUAUAUAUAUUUGUUGUAACAUAUAAUGGUGAUUUAUAUAUGAAUUCCAAUUGUGAUAAUAAUAUGAUAGUACAUAU